AUGUCAGGAAGAACAUUACAUAUAGUAAAUUCAGCUUUUAAACAUGAAUUUCCUGACGAUAAAAUUCCAGCUCGACAAACAAUUUAUCGGCUAGCAAAAAAGUUUGAUGAGACAGGUUCUGUGGAAGAUGCACCUCGAAGUGGUAGACCAACAUCAAUCAACACAGAAGAAAAUAUAGAACUAGCCUCUGAAAGUUUUCUUCUUAAUCCAAAAACAUCACAAAGACGUGCAGUACGUGACCUUCACAUCUCACGUUCAAGCUUACAACGCAUUAUGAAAGAUCUCAAUUUAAAACCGUAUAAACCGAGAUUGUUACAAUCUUUAAAUGAAGAUGAUCCUGAUCGACGGCUUGAAUUUUGUGAAUGGAUUUUAAAUUCAACUGAAAAAGAUCAAACUCUAUUAGACCAAAUUUUGCGGACAGACGAAGCUAUAUUCAAAAUAAAUGGUCGUAUCAAUAGACACAAUUGUGUUUAUUGGAGCGAUGCAAAUCCACACUUUAUCAUCGAACAAGAGCUAAAUGUGCCACAAGUAAUCGUAUGGGGAGGAAUAUGGUCAAAUGGCGUUGACAAUAUCAUACCGCAACUUGAAGAUCAUCCAAACUUUCAAACAAUGAUAUGGCAACAGGAUGGUGCACCACCACAUUAUGGUCAAGUCGUGCGAAAUUAUUUAGAUGAUACAUUUUUAUCAUGGAUUGGUCGUUGA